GCCCUCCCGCCGGGAAAGGGGAGGCGGGCUGAGCCCAGGCGAACCAGCUGGGGAGCGCGGCGCCGCUGCAGAGGGGGCUGCCGCCCGAAGCCCUGCCAGCCUGGGCGCCGCCAGCCAGGGCACUGCAUGGAAAAAGGAUGCCCCCGGCCUGGGGGGCGACCCCCGCUGCUGUUCUGGGGCCGGGGGAGCCGCCGCCGCAGCUGGGGGCCAGAGGGACAAGGCGUCCGGAGCGAACUCGGAGCCCCCGGCACGGAGCCGCAGGGUCCCUUAGCCUGUUGUCCAUGAUGCCUGGGACCAGCCCUUUGUGAGGGGCGGUGCUCUGCACAGGGGGGCCCUAGGGCUCCACUGGAGGAUGUCCGUGCUGCCCCUAGCCCUCUGUCCGUCCAUCCGUCCCCAUCCAGCUCCAUUGGGCCUGAGGCCCGGCCCUUGCCCUGCACCAUGAAGGAUGAGGACAGGCUGCACAAUAAUGCUGUGGCCUGGCUGGCAUGCGCCGGGGUCUCGCUGCUGGCCAACGCGUGGGGCAUCCUGAGUGUCAGCGCCAAGCAGAAAAAAUGGAAGCCUCUGGAGUUCCUUCUGUGCACGCUGGCUGGCACCCACAUGCUCAACAUUGCCAUCCCCAUCACGAUGUAUGCGGUGGUCCAGCUCCGGCGUCAGCAUUCUGACUACGAAUGGAACGAGGGUCUCUGCAAGGUCUUUGUGUCCACCUUCUACACUCUCACUCUGGUCACCUGCUUCUCAGUCACCUCUCUGUCCUACCAUCGCAUGUGGAUGGUCCGAUGGCCAGUCAACUACCGGCUGAGCAACACCAAGAAGCAGGCGGUGCACACGGUGAUGGGCAUAUGGAUGGUAUCUUUCAUCCUGUCCACCCUCCCUGCUGUGGGCUGGCACGACACCACUGAACGCUUCUACGCCCAUGACUGCCGCUUCAUCGUCACCGAGAUCGGGCUGGGCUUUGGCGUGUGCUUCUUGCUCCUCAUCGGAGGCAGUGUGGCCAUGGGAGUGGUCUGCACCGCCAUCACGCUCUUCCAGACCCUCUCCCUCCAGACGGGCCACAACCUGGACCGCAACAAGUUCAACGUACCAACCAUCGUGGUAGAGGAUGCCCAGGGCAAGCGACGUUCUUCUAUCGAUGGUUCUGAGCCCAUCAAGACCUCACUGCAGAUCACAUACCUGGUGGCCGCCAUUGUCUUCAUUUAUGACUGCCUCAUGGGCUUCCCCGUGCUGGUGGUGAGCUUCACCAGCCUCAAGUCAGACACCUCCUACACCUGGAUGGCUCUGUGCAUGCUGUGGUGCUCAGUGGUCCAGUCCCUCCUCCUGCCCCUCUUCCUGUGGGCCUGUGACCGCUACCGGGCUGACAUCAAGGCCGUCUGGGAAAAGUGUGUGGCCCUCAUGUCCAAUGAUGAAACAGACGAAGAGACCAGCCUGGAUGGGGGCCUCCACACAGACCUGAUGUACGAGCGGCCCUUUGACUACGGCUACAGGGGCGACUUCCUUGCCCUGGACCACAUGGCCAAAUAUGACUUCUCUGCCUUGGAAAGGGGCAUCCCUCAACUCUAUCCUCUGCGGCCUCUCCAGGAGGACAAGAUGCAGUAUCUCCAGGUUCCUCCCACCAGGCGGUACUCCCAUGAUGAGACAGACAUGUGGCCCACAGUGCCCUUGCCUGCUUACCUGCAUCGCUGGGGCUCAAGUGAAGAUAUGGCCACUCUGGCCCAGCUGGUGUUGCCCUCCCCAUCUGACCGUCGUCGGGGCAGCCUGUUGGCCUUUCCAGAAGAAGUCACCCCUUACCGCAAGCGCCGGCGGUCAGCAGAGAGUCUCCUGUCCCUGCGCCACUUCCCCCGGGAUGAGGUCUGUGGCCAGGACCUGGCCUGCUUUAGCCGGGAGGAGGUGGUGAGCUUCAUCGACGAGUCCCCUCUGGCCAGCCCUCUCCGCAGCCCAGCCCGCUCUGCAUCCGCCUCUGUGCUUCCUGACACCUUUGGCUGUCCUUCCCCCCGCUUCACCUUGACAGACUUUGAAAAGGAGCCACAGGCCUUGCGUCGGUUCUCCGGCCAGGGUCGGGGCUGCCUCUUGACGCUGCCAGGACCCUUCCAGGCCAGGGACCACCAAUCCCCGGGCUUCUUCCCUGUGGGCAGCAGACAUCACCAGGGUUCCAUCCACAUUGAGCUUUGCGAGGCCCCUGCAUGUGAAGAGCCCCCACCUUCUCCAGGCACCCACCGGACUGGCUUAGACACAGACUCCACAAGGUUUCGGACGAAUUUGAGUGCUUCCUGGGGGGACUCUGAGGGCUUACGGCCAGUGGGGGGCAAAGGCAGCAACAGCAGCUUCCUGAGCUCUCCCUCUGAGUCCUCGGGGUACAUUACUUUACACUCUGACUCCUUGGGCUCAGCCUCCUAGUGGAUGGGGGAGGAGCAGUGCUCCCCACCACAGAAUGUCUGGUUCCCACCCCAGGUUCCCUUACCAGGGCCUACGGGUGAGGAAAGGUAACCUUUCUCUAAAGCUGUUGACUUCUUUUCUCCUAUUGCAUGGGCCUUGGCCUUGGGGUAGUCGGAGGUGAGUAAAAACACCAAAGAAUCAAUCUCUCAUCUCCUUCCCUCCCCCUCCCCAAGAAGCCCAGCUAAGCUAAAGUUGGAGCUGGUGGCUCCAGCUGGAGAUGGAGAAACCAUCAAUUCCUGGAGGCCGGGAACCAAGGGCAGAAGGCAGGGCCUCUGCUAGGUGCAGACUGAGUUCAGAUCUGCAAGAGGGAAGAGAGAAGGGUCAGCUGGGGUGGGAGACCAUGUCACUGCAACCUGAGAAUCCCACAUUGGAGAGAAACAAGAACACUAGAUCUUCUCUUCCUUCCUCCUUCCCUCUUACUUUCCCUUUUCCUUCAUCUCCCCUCCCUUCCUUCACACUAUCCAUUUUCCACUGUGACCCAUAACCAACUGUAGCUCCCCUCACCUCAUCCCUUUAUACUAACUCCUUGGGGCCGUGGAAGGAAAGAAAAAAGCCUCUCUGAAAUCUCUAAAAGCACAGGGCCAUGCAAAAGCCCAUAUCUGUUUCCCUCCUCACAUGCCUCAGGCCUGUUCUGCCUCAGUUUCCCCAUCUGUGAAGGAUAGGGGAUACUACUUAACUCUCAGGGCUGUGGUGAGGAUUCAUGUCCUUUUUGUGUACAGAAUGGGGCAAUAGGGCAAAAAAAAAAUGGGAUAGCCAAGCUAGGGAGAAUUGAAAAUCUCCAGGCUGCAUUCAUCAGUGAGAGGUGUGGGGAGGGGCAGUCUCUGGAUAGGUGUCUGUGUUCUCCACAUCCCUUCGUGGUCGCCAGUUGGGAGUGUGAAUGACAGCAAGUGUACUGAGCGAUACAAAAGCCCAGGACUAUGCAUUCCAGGGAGCCUUUCUGAGCAGCCCAGAGCUCUGUCCUGCUGUGAGACUCUGUGAGACUCAAUCCCAAAUCACAGCAGAGAGGCUCAAGCUUGGCAGCAUCUCCAAGGGCAAAGGCCAGGAGGUGGGGAGCAGCACCUAAAAGCCGGACUUGGGCAAAGGCUGCCCUGAAUCUUUCCUUCUCAAACAACUGAAAAAGACUACUGAGUAGGGAAGGGUUUAGGGAUUUGGGAUGCUGGGAGGGACCAAACUUCUCAGGUCACUCUUUGCAGUCAUAAUAUGGAGGGGUUGGGUGAGGUGGGGGGGGGGUCACACACACACACACACACACACACACACAGUGUAAAUAGCAAUCUGGCUGUGGCUGAUUUUCUUAGAGCUGGAGGAACCCCUCCAAAAAUUGCUGCUGUGCCUUUAAGGACUGAACAAAUGUUGGUCAGUCAGUGACCUCCUUUGAGGUAAGUGACUACUUCCUGCUUUCCUUCAACCCAGGGUGAGGGGAAAGAUAUGGCUUUAAGCAUUUGUUUAAAAUUUGUAAUACCGUCUAUUUUUCCACACACAUUUAUAGCAUCAAAACAGGCAAUACUUGGAUGCGAAUGCAGUCAGGGCACUGAAUCUGAACUCUGACCCCAGUUUUUACAAAGUUUUAGAGAAAAUAAAAUCCCAUCCAAUAAGCAUUUAUCAAACACCUGCUAUGAGCUGGGCAUUGUGUUGGGCCCCUGGGAUACAAAGACGGGCAAAGAAAUCAUCUCUACCCUCAAGGAACUUACACAUUCAUCUGGAGGAGUUUACAUUUUAUUGAAGCAGGACAUUAAAAUUCCAGCACAGAUACUCAUCCCAGGUGGGGAGAGGCCAGCACCCUGGUCAGGGGUUCCAGGUUCAAGCCUCCCUCCUUUGCACAAUGGCCGUGAUGUUCACAAUAGUGUUUGUGGGGCUCAUACCACUCCUUCAAAGUAUGCUGUGUGUAUGUAUUUUGCAGUUGUAGUCUGUUUCAUCCAUGUUGUCUGAUGCACCCCAAAAUGUCUUUCUACUGAUUUGUCUAUCCAAAGUGAUUUGUCAUUGCUUACCCUCAACUGGGGAGCAUUUAACCCCAGAUCUGGAGAACUUGUUCAUAAUUUUCUUUCUUCCUUUUUUUUUGGGGGGGGGCGGGAACUUGCCAAUUCUCUUCUGUACAGGACUGAAUAAAGCUCCCUCCAAAUGGUUUGUA